AUGGCUCUUCUGAUCUUCUCUACAGCCCCACUAACGCAGCAUAGACAAUUCGGAAACAUGCUUGUCCUCGCCUCAGUGUACAAGUCCAAACUCUAUCCUCUUCUCCCAAGCGAUACCUGGCUCACCAAAUCCACACUCUCCGCCCUAUUUAAGCGCACCAUUAACGUCAUUGAAGACGUUGCGCCAAACUCGCCCAUCCUGCGCAUGGACCUCGAAAUCCUCAGGAAUGUUCAGCGGCAACAGGGUCUGGAAAGUCUUUGUGUUUAA